AUGAGAGCAUUGUUGUUGCUCUUCUUGUUGGUGGCUCUAACAAUAUGCGGAGAAUAUGACUUCACCGUUGAGGUGCCUCCCGGGAAGUUUCAAUGCUACUUUCAAGCGGUCACUGACUCGAAGUACAAAUCGAUAGAAGUGGAUUAUCAGGUGAUCGAUGGAGGCGACCUCAAUAUUAAUUUCAUGGUGUUACUCGGUGCCGAAGUUCUUGUUCAAGAAAAUAUGAAAACCGAUGGAAGCCACAAAAUCGAAGUUAAACAACCUGGAGAUUAUCAAUUUUGUUUCGACAAUGCAUUCAGCUAUCAGGCACGAAAGGUUGUUUUCUUCGAAAUCUUUCUUUAUGAUGCCGCUGGGAAUUUGGACGACUUUGACUAUGCUAGGGCAGGACUCCAGGAUGCUAAUUUAAAGAAACGUAUGGAGGACCUUGGAGUGACUGUCGAAGUUUUUCAAAGUUCUGCUACGAGGAUCAAGAACAAUUUCAACAAGGUGGAAUACCAUCAAGCCGUUUUAAGAGCCCAUGAAGCUAGAGAUCGAGCAAUCAUGAAUGCAAAUCUGGAUCGCGUCACGUUUUGGUCGAUUUUGAACGCUCUGGUGUUAAUGUUUGUAGCUGGUAUCCAGGUCUAUAUGAUUCGAAGCCUCUUCGAAGAGAACUCAAAAAUCGGCCAGUUUCUUCGAAAAGGCACACAUCAAGAU